AUGAAUUCGGACGAUAAUGAUGAAGCGAUCGUUAUACAACAAAUGAUCGAUUCUCUUUCUCAAGAUAUAUGGCAAUUACGAUGGAAUGUUUCGUCUAAAGUAUUGAAACCAUCAACAAUACAAACAUCGACUCCUAAUGGUGAAAAGCAUGCUAGUUUUUCUCCGUUGUUUGAAAAUGCAGCAGCGGACACAUUGAAAACGAAAGAUAGAUGGGUUGGAGGAUGGGCAGAACAAGCAAGUUUAGCGCGAAACGCACAAAAUGCAAAUAAAACUCAACAGCCACAAUCGAAAAAGCCUCAGAAGAUUGAACCUAGUCAAAAACUUAUUAGCCUAUUUUCAUCAAAUGCGGCUCAAGAAGAUGUUAAGAAUUAUUUAAAGACUUUCUUUAUAUUAACGAAGAAAAAAAGCAUCAUUCCUGAACAAAUUGCUAUUCUUGUCUCGUCUUUUAUUCAAUCUGUUGAUGAGGGUGAAAGUAAAAUGAUAACAUCACAAUACAUUGAUAUGAUUAAAUAUUGGGCCAAAAAACAUCCCGAUGGAGAAUUCAUGGUGAUUGUUGGCAUUCAAGUGUUCGUCUCUUCUCAAGGACAUAUCACAGUUGACAAAGAUGCAGUUAAUAUAUUUUCACACCUGUUGCAAUUUUUCACACAAAAUCAAUGCGUAAGCAAUGAAAGUAUUCUCAAGUGGUAUCAAAAAGGCACACAUGGUAGAAACUACGUUGGUUAUCCAGUAGCUCGCCAUAUGGCAUCCAAAUAUAUCUCUGAAACUUUUGGGAUAUAA